GUCAGCACAACAGCUUUAACAAUGGCUAAGUUUUUCAGCUGUUUCUUCAUGGCCAUUGCCUUGCUUUCCUCUGCACAAUUGUGUCUGUGCAGUAAGAGCUAUGGUGGUUAUCUGUAUCCUCAAUUUUACGACCGGUCGUGCCCAAGGGCACAAGAAAUUGUUGAGUCUGUUGUUGCCAAGGCUGUCGCUAAAGAGCCCCGAAUGGCUGCUUCUUUGUUGAGACUCCAUUUUCACGAUUGCUUUGUCAAGGGGUGUGAUGCAUCUAUACUGCUGGAUAGCAGUGGGAGCAUAAGCAGUGAGAAGAGAUCUAACCCGAACAGAAACUCUGCUCGUGGAUUUGAAGUCAUUGAUGAGAUUAAAGCAGCACUGGAGGUGGAAUGCCCUCACACUGUUUCUUGUGCUGACAUCCUGGCACUUGCUGCCAGGGAUUCCACAGUUCUGGCUGGUGGACCAAACUGGGAGGUUCCAUUAGGCAGGAGAGACUCCAUAGGAAACAGCUUGAGUGGCUCUAACAACAACAUUCCAGCUCCAAACAACACAUUCCAAACCAUUCUCACAAAAUUCAAACUUCAAGGCCUUGAUCUUGUUGACCUUGUUGCAUUAUCUGGGAGUCACACAAUUGGGAAUGCAAGGUGUGUAAGCUUCAGGCAGAGGCUAUACAACCAAACAGGAAACAGCUUGCCAGACUACACCCUGGACCAGUCAUAUGCUGCUGAGUUGCGCACAAAGUGCCCAAAAUCUGGGGGAGACCAAACCUUGUUCCACCUGGAUUUUGUGAGCCCCACAAGAUUUGACAACUCCUACUUCAAGAACUUGUUGGCAUACAAAGGGCUGCUGAGCUCUGACCAGGUUUUGGUGACAAAGAGUGCAGCCUCACUGCAGCUGGUGAAAGCAUAUGCUGAGAACAAUGAGCUUUUCUUCCAGCACUUUGCCAAGUCCAUGGUUAAGAUGGGAAACAUCUCUCCUCUUACUAGCUUCAGUGGAGAAAUCCGGAAGAAUUGCAGGAAGAUCAACCAUUACUGAUGACCAAAUCUAGCUUCUUUGUGAACAACACAAAAAGUUGUGUAUCUAUCAAUUUUCAUCUUCUUUUUAAGCAUUCCUGUCUCUCUGUAUCCCUCAUCUUGCACCAGGAACUAUAGGCUACAACUAUUUUGUGCAUGAUGGAAA